AUGAAUAAACACGAGCAUAAACAAAGGGAUAUUAACGAAGAAGAUAAUCGAUUACAAGAGGAACUACUGCAGGCGGUCGAUGUAUUAAGAGGUAAAAAUGAAACAGACAUGUUGCUGUCGCUGAGUCAACUAAGGAUGCUAAUACGCAUAUCUACGACUUCAACGACUUCCGUCCCAAAACCUCUUAAGUACUUGAGGACUUUUUAUCCGAGCCUGAAGAACGCAUACGAGUGGCUCAAGCGGGAGGAAGUAAAAGUGCGUUUUGCAGAAAUUCUCAGUGUGCUCUCUUUAGCCGGUGCCCCUCCAGGAUCCAGAGAAUGUUUGGAUUUCUGUAUCAAAGGAGCCGUGGAUAAUCCUGGCGAGUGGGGCCACGAAUAUGUGAGGCAACUUGAGAUAGAGAUCGUCGAUGAAUGGGCGAAUGCGCCGAUCAAAGAGGAGCAAGAGAUCAGAAAACGCCUCGUGCCGUUAAUCAGAAGCAUCAUCGCGUUUGACAUGAAACACAACGCGGAGAUACAAGCGUGCGAUCUGUGCCUGGAGAUCGGCGAGCUGAACUUUCUCGCCGUACAUUUGGACUCUACGAACUUUAUGCGAGUGUGCCAUUACUUGAUCAGUUGCGCGGCUUACAGCGAGGACACGGAGAGAAGACAAAUAUUAGAAUUCGCCGCGGAGCAAUAUCUGAAGUUUAACGAGUAUACGAGGGCAAUUUUGGUGGCGCUGCAACUUGCAAAUUCGGAACUUGUUUUCAAGUGCUUCUCUGCUUGUCCUGACUCUUUGAUGAGGAGUCAGCUAGCCUUCAUCCUCGCCCGGUUGCAGGAUCAACCCUUGAGAACGAAGUAUCACGGAGAUGACGCCAAAGACAUCGAGGCGAUUCUCAGCAAUGGCCACGUGAACGAUCACUUUCAAAACCUCGCUAGAGAACUCGACAUAUUAGAGCCGAAGUAUCUGGAGGAUAUCUACAAAAGCUGGUUAAUAGGGGGACCUAGACAAAUAGAGCACGAUUCAGCGAAGAUGAACUUGGCGGCGAGUUUCGUUUCCGGUUUUGUACAUGCUGGCUUUGGCCAAGACAAAUUGAUGGCGAACAUAUCCGACGGCUGGGUGUACAAGAACAAGGAGCACGGAAUGUUGUCGGCUACCGCUUCUCUGGGUCUGAUCCACUUGUGGGACGUUGAUGGCGGCUUGGUUCCCAUCGACAAGUAUCUUUAUGUGAAUGAGGAUUAUGUAAAAUCCGGCGCCUUGCUGGCCAUUGGACUGGUCAACUGCGGGAUUCGUAACGAAUGCGAUCCGGCAUUGGCACUUCUCAGCGAGUACGUGUGCUCAAGUAGUCAGACUCUUCGCAUCGGAGCCGUCUUGGGAUUGGGUCUAGCUUACGCUGGUUCCAGGAGGAAAGACGUCAAUCAAAUCCUCUCUGCAGCAUUGGCCGAUAGACGAAACAGUAUGCAAGUUUUGUCGUUAGCUGCCAUCUCUUUAGGCCUAAUAAACGUAGGCUCAGCAGAUUCUGAAGUGUCUUCAGAUAUUUUGUUGAAAUUCAUGGGACUCUCUACAAAGGAGCUCGCUGUUACGCAUUCCAGAUUCUUGGCGCUAGCUUUUGGAAUGAUUUAUAUGGGAACUCAAGAUAUUAUAGAGACGCCUUCCGUAGCGCUCGAUGCUUUACCAGAGCCGUAUAAUUUCGCUUCGCAAACGAUGUUACAAAUUUGCGCGUACGCGGGUACUGGUGACGUGCUGAUAGUGCAAGAGUUAUUAAGAAUCUGCUCAGAAACGAGCGAAGGUGCCGUGAGUGAAAAAAACAUCACUGAGAAUAGCCCGACGUCGAGUUGUUGUGAUAAAAAAAGACCGCAGAGUAGUUCUCUAACGUCUGGUAAGAGUAAAAAAAGUGAUGACCGAGUCGAAGAGUCCGUCAAAGAGAUUGGUGCAGCACAGGCUAUAGCUACUCUCGGAGUAGGGGUAGUCGGGCUUGCGGAGGAGAAGGAAAACUCGAGGAUCUUGAGCCAGAUCGGUAGAUAUGGUUCAACGCCAGCGCGACGUGCUAUGCCCCUCGCCAUGGCUCUGUCUUCCUUAUCGAACCCCGAUCCGGUGAUCGUAGACGUGUUGAACAAGUACAGCCACGACCACGACACCGAGGUCGCCUUCAACGCGAUUAUCGCUCUCGGUUUGGUGGGUGCCGGCACCAAUAACGCGCGAUUGGCAACAAUGUUGAGACAUCUGGCAGCUUAUUACGCGAAAAAUCCGUCUCAUCUAUUCCUCGUCCGUAUUUCUCAAGGUUUGGUGCAUCUGGGCAAGGGUACCUUGUCCUUGUCGCCUUUGCGAUACUCUUCGAAAGUGCUGGACUACACCGCUUUGGCUGGCCUGAUGGUCGUCUUAGUCGCGUGUUUAGAUUGCAGGAAUCUUAUAUUAUCGCAAUCUCAUUACUUAAUGUACUGCUUGGCGGUUGCGAUGGAGCCAAGAUGGCUGGUUACCUUGGAUGAGAAACUUAAAAAUCUACCGGUAUCUGUAAGGAUCGGCCAGAGCGUGGACGUUGUCGGGAAAGCCGGAAAUCCAAAGUCCAUUGUUGGUGGUCGUGUACAAACCACGCCGGUGUUGCUCUGUGCGGGCGAGAAGGUGGAAUUAAUGUCAGAUCAGUACGAGUCACUUUCCAGUGUCCUAGAAAGUUUCGUGAUCCUCCGUGAGAAAGUAAUCCCGAGUUAAUCUUGCGUAUCGCAGUGCAUCUUCACCCGCAUACACACAUUUCACAUAUUUCUUAAAAUUUUCUUAACAUUUUCUUUCGAUAGAAUGUGAUGAGUUAAAAAAAUACAAGUUAAAGCUUUGCGUGCUGAUUACCUCCGGAUUGUUUCUUCUGUAAGAACAAUACCGUCAUCAUACCAUCUUCGUACUACCUUCAAGAAAUUAACGGAAACAAAACUUUCUCAAGAUUUACGUGAAACAGAUUUAAAGAAAAAGAAUGUAGCAUGGUGCAU